AUGUCUGGAAUCAUGAGUGCCAUGCUGGUCUGCACAUCGCUGCUGCUCUUGGUGAGCGGCCACCGUGUCAUCGGCUUGCGAAGAGGCAACGCCGAGAAGGAAACCCGAGGCAACUUCUUGGAUCCAGACCUCUCUCGCUGUGAAGACGAGCUCAGCUGGCUCAAGUCGAAGAUACAGCAGAGCUGCGAGGAGGACCAGCAAAAUGGCAAGACGGUGUCCCAUGGAGGCUGCGAAGCUGAGGCGGAAGCCGUUGUCAGCGAUGGGGACUACGAGGUCUGGAGCCAGAGUUUGCUGAAGUGCGCUCCGGAAAAGACGCAUCUCUUGCUCUGGAGCGGCUAUCGAGAUGAAGAGCGCGAAGAAGUCCUUCGGCCAUUGCGGCAACAGGGCGGCUGUGUCCUGUCAAGCCAGGAGGAGCCCGAUACUCGCCUUGGGGAGCUCCUGAAGUCUCCGGAAGUGAAUACUCUGAAGUCCUGCAGCUUUCCGAAGGUCAAAGCUUUUUGGGUUGGCGCCUCCCGACAGUUUGCCAGCACCUGGGCUGCGAGGUCCCAAAAUGUUACUGUGGCGAUCGGCUACCACAUUGAUCCAGGACGGUCUUACAAGACCCUCUUCGACACUGUCUUCUACAGAAGUGAGUUGAAAGCUGCUGUUCAGGCCUUCCGCGACAGGCUGCAGGUGAACAUCAUAUUCACCAACUCCGAUAUGACCGAAGGUGACAUGGACGGUGCAACUUCCGUCAUCUACGAGAGGGCGCGGCUGCUGUCCCCCGUGCACGCCGAGAAGUUUCAGGAGAGCACCACCUGGCGUUGGGGUGGCUGUGCCAAAGAGAGCCUCGCAUCCUGCCAAACCCAGCAUCUCCUAGGCAACGACGCUACGUUCUUCUCCAACCUCGGGUGCAUGUAUGACCAGGGCCUCGGGGUGGCCCGCGACGUUCAGAAGGCGCGGGAAUUCUGGGAACGCAGCAUGGAGAUGGGCCAUCCAAAAGCUCCCACCAAUCUUGGACUGUUGUACCAGAGCGGGGAGGGCGUAGCACAAGAUUUCCGCAAGGCCAAAGAACUGUACGAACUGGGCAUCAAAAGAGGUGAUGACACAGCCCCUGCCACGCUUGGAGUCUUGUACGAGGGUGGGCAAGGCAUCGUCCAAGACCUCCGCAGGGCCAGGGAAUUGUAUGAGAUGGGCGUCGAAACGGGUGACCGUCGCGCCUGCUAUCAACUUGGGCACCUGUAUCAGUUUGGUUUGGGGGUGGCUCGCGACUUUAAGAGAGCGCGAGAAUUCUAUGAGCUGGGCACGCAGCGGGGUGAUGCUACGUCCCCAGUGUUCCUUGGGAGCAUGUACUUACUUGGGCAAGGUGUCGCGAAAGAUUUCCGAAGGGCCAGGGAGCUGUUUGAACUCGGCAUGCAGAGAGGCGACGCCAGGGCCCCUGCCAGUCUUGGACUCUUGUAUCAGAAAGGGCAAGGUGUGGCAGAAGACUUGAAGAAGGCCGAAGACUGCUAUAAGAUAGGCAUCGCCAGAGGCGACGACUUUGCUGUGAAGCAGCUUUUGCACCUUGGGUACGUCUACGAGGAGAUGGCUCGCGACUUUCAAAUGCCGAAAGCCUAUGACCUUUCCAUGCAACAGCAGCAUCAGGAUGCAGCCUACAACUUCAACAAGGCCAAGGAGCUCUAUGAGUCUGCUGGCGCCAGCGGUAGCAUUGAUGCCAUGUGGAACCUGGCCUUUUUGUACAAGGACGACCUGAGCUCCGAUGAGCUGGCAUGUGAAUGGAUGUCCAAGGCGAAAGAGGCCGGGGAAGGGGAGGCUGCCGGCAAAUUGGCCGAAUGGCGCUGCUGA